AGUCGUACGGGCGCGCGCGAGUCGCGCAGCACACAAGAUGGCGGCGUUUGGGUGUCGUGGGUGCUGCUGGCGCUGCUAAACCCAGGGAACGUCGACGAGGACGGCUACGAGGACGAAGGACGACAAGAGCCGAGGCGAUAGUCCGAAAGACUGCUCGGCGGGCGCAGCCUUGCCUCAGUUCCUACAUAAUUACUUUUAUUUUUAUUUAUUUUUUUUUUUUUUUACAUCGGUGUAGUUUUAAUAACAAUAGUGCGUAGUUUUUUUUUCUUCGCGAGCAGUGCCGCGCGCCCCGUAACCUGGAGCCAGUAGCGUUGCCGCAGUGCGAGCCGCGGAGCUGCGUCUCCGCAGAGCUCCGGUCCGUUGCGUGGCCCGUCGGCCGUCGACGACGCCGCCGCCGCCGCCGUCGCGAGUGUCCAAGUGCACCAUCAUCCUCCCCGUCAUCACCAUCGUUAUUUAACGCGUGUGCAGCGUGCGAGUUAUACCUGCUGCUGCAGCAGAAAUCGUCGUCGUCGUUGUGCCCAAAUUUUGGCUGUAGCGACAGCCCUCCAAGGCGGCUCGAGAGGUGCGAGUCGGGCUGUGGAACAGGGCUGCUGUACAGCGGUGCCGGCAGAAGUGCCCCGGUACCGCACCUGGCCGGCAGACCAGUGCUCCGAAACGUCCGGACAAGGACGAGAAGGUCGGCGAGAGCGGUGACGACGACGACAAUCAUGCGAGAAGCGCGCCGUCGUACCUGCUCUCGGACGUGCUGCUGUUGUAGCUGGUGGAAUAGCUGCUGAGGGGAUACCGUGGGCACUGUUGCUUGCUUUCUUUCGCGAGCUCGGGAGGUGAAUGGUAGAAUUUUGUUCAGAAAGCAAUACAACAGCCAAUCGGAACGCUGGAGAAGGACGGCGGAGCUUCGGAGGAGGGGGAGAUGUCAGCCGGCACCCAGGGCGAGAUACGGGUUGGUCCAUCGCAUCAGGACUUGGUUUCUUGCCAGGCCCACUUGCCUGAUUAUCGGCCGGGUAUCCCUCCCGGAGAGCUGCUUCCUGAUCCCGAGUUCGCCAAGGAGCGCGAGGAGCUAAGAUGGAUCCCAGAAAUGACCCUGGACAUGGACCUGCUGAUGUACCUGAGAGCGGCACGCUCCGUCGCCGCGUUUGCUGGCAUGUGUGAUGGAGGAUCCCCCGACGGUUGUGUGGCAGCAUCCCGCGACGACACCACCAUCAAUGCCCUUGACACUCUCCACGAUUCUGGAUAUGACGCAGGUCGAGCAUUACAAGCCCUCUACAAGUGUGCAGUGCCCAAAGGUAUCGACAAGAAAUGGUCCGAAGAGGAAACUAAACGUUUCGUCAAAGGCCUCAGACAAUUUGGAAAAAACUUUACUCGCAUUAGGAAGGAUCUCUUGCCACACAAAGAUACGCCGGAACUCGUCGAGUUCUACUAUUUGUGGAAAAAGACACCCGCAGCGAACAACAACCGGCCACAUCGAAGAAGACGCCAGGGUUCGCUGCGUCGUAUUCGUAACACGCGCAACUCACGCGCCGGCACGCCCAAGGAGGAUCAGCAGAACGCGACGACGCCAACUAGCGAAACGGCGCCGAGUGCGACAAGCACCGCCAGGGACCACACUCCCGCUGCCACGGAAUCCGAGAGCAGUAGCAACGGUGCCGCUGGCGCCGGUUCCGGAGCUACAGGCUCCUCAAACAGCAAUCCUACCGCUGGCGAGGUGAGUUCUGUUACCGAGGACGACAACUCCGAGGAGGACAGCGACUCUCGUGACACCAAUACCAACGGCGUCAGCCACGCAUGCCAGCAUUGCUUCUCCAGUAGCUCCAAGGACUAUCAGGUCACCGGUAAAGACAGACUAGUUCUCUGCGCGGAAUGCCGAGCACACCUGAAGAAGACGGGCGAGCUGCCACCAGCACCACCCUAUCUCUUCCGGCCCGUGCCGGCUGAGUCACCCGAUAGCCCUGGUAGAAUGCGAACGCGCAACAAAACCGCCAAAGAGACACGACCCUCGCGACCACGUAGAGUCGGCGGUACCGAUACUCCCGACCAGGAGAAGCAAAUAUCUCAGCAGUCCCAGCAAACGCCGUCAACAAUGCAGCAGUCGAGCGAGAAGCCCAAAAAGUCCAAGUCUUCCAGCAAGCCUGAAACUCCGAAGAAAGGCCAGAAGCGCUUGGUGCCGGACGAAUCAGAGGAAGACAAGGACAUGCAGAAGCGCAAGCGCACCGGCGAAAGGCCCGAAAGUCCCUCGGAGUCGCUGACCACUGACAGCAAUUCCUUAAUAGACGAGCCUGAGCGGGAGGCCGAGGCGGAUGCCCCAGACAGCAGUAGUGCGAGCAGUAGUCAGGCCGGUGUUCCCGUGGUGGUAACAGCGAGUAGCAGUAGCAGCAGCUCCGGUCCUCCUACCACGGGUGGCCUGCCGCCCGACAAUAAUCCAGUGAUGAGUCCGGCGACGACGCCGUCCGAGGAGCCUUGCGAGCCUCCGACGCUCAUAACCACUCCCAUUUCACCGCCACUGCCGCCUCAGCAACCUCAAAUUCAACCUGUGGUGCAGCAGCAGCCUCUGCCGCCGCCAACGACGUCGCUGCAAGUGCAGGUGCCACUGUCACAGUCGCAGCCCCUGAUUCAGAGUCUACCGAUAUCGGUUCCCGUCAUCCACGCACGCGAAAGCCUCAUCGACAAGAAGCCGUUGCUGGACGAGCCAAAGGACAUGAAAGAGCCGAUGGAGGACAUGCCCUUGCCCCUGAAUCAACCCCAUCCCAUAAAACUAGAGCCCCAUCCGAUCAAACUAGAACCCCAUCCGUUAAAAUUGGAGCCGCUUCCCCUCAAGUUAGAACCUAUACCGAUAAAACUGGAAUCCAUGUCAAUGCCGAUGACAAUGACUCUGCCUAUGCCGCUGGCCAUGCCCGUGCCCAUGGACAGCAGGUCCGCGUCUCCGCCCGUAAAAGAGGAUAUCGUCGACUUACAGCAGCAGCAGCAAUUGCAGCGAGAUCAACAGCAUAAUACCCCAGGCCCCGGGCCAAAUCAGCAGCCGCAGAUGGCGCACAGUACCUCGCAGCCCCUUUCCGUCAGCGAGUUGGCUCAAAGCAUGCCGCGCAACCUGUCGCAAUCGAUGAACAAUUCGGCAAGCGGUCUGUGUCCCCCGGGCUUACCUCCGAUACCUCAUUCCGCGGCGGCGAUAGUCUCGGGGCCCGCCACGAUGCCCCUAGUGCCUUCGAGUACUACCAAUCAGUCGCAUCCACUGAACAUGCAGUACACCGGACCCACCUCGAUCACCUCAGCCCCUCAAAGCGUGCCUCAAAACCUCUCGGCCCAGAGUCUUCAAAUCCCGCAAGGCCUGCAAGUGCCUCCACCACCCCCACCAAGCCUCCUGCAAGCCACACCGAGAGAUCUCAGUCAAACGCACCCGGAAAACAUGUCGACGAGUGCGCCGCCUCCGCCACCGCCACCGACGCUACCGGUGCCAACGAAUCUGGUCAUGUCCACGCUGUCUGGGCCACCGCCGCUUAAUCUCAACAUACAGAGUCUGACGGCGAGCGGUUUACCACCGCAACUGCAGCCACCACCACCACCGCCACCCAUGUCCAGUUCGCCACAGCCUCUCGGGCUCACGAUUCUGCACCAGGAGCGAACCAUUUCCGAGCGUAUGUUGUCCGAAGACAGUCGAAUGCCUCCUGAGAGGUUGCGAGACAGACUACCGCCGGACCGAAUAACCGACCGGAUAGUCGAUAGAAUCCAGCCAGACCGGAUGCAAGAUCGGUUGCAGCAGGAACGCAUGCAGGACAGGAUACAGGACAGUAGAAUGUCGGAUAGGUUGCCGCCAGACAGAAUGCCUCUGGAUAGAUUAGGACAAUUGGAGCGCGACGACAGGGAACAAUUGGAACAACACCAGCAGCUGCCGCCACCUCUGCCUCCUCUGUCUCAGACGAGACCUGAGCCGCUCAACAUGUUCCAGCCGAUCCAGCCACCGCCGCCAAUGAUACCGAGUGAUAGGCCGGGGCCACUUUACAGUCUAGCCGGGACGCCGCCUAUGGAGCCUCAGAACUUGAAAAUCAAGCAAGAGAUUAUCCAUCCGGAGCCCGAUCCACUUCAGAGUCUCAAAGAGGUCAAGAUUCCUGGUUUCCAGACCAAUUUUCCAGGUCCGAGCAUAGAAAACAUCAAAAAAGACCCAGAUGCUGUUGUGGGUAGAGAAAGUAGCGGUGGCAAGCCGCCGACCCCGAGCAAGCACUCGUCCUCGUCGUCUUCGUCCUCCAAUCAGCAGCCUCCGCAGCAGGUCUCGCAAUUGCAGUCGAUCGCGGCCUCGCCGCAGCCCAGCCUUCCCCCGCCCCCAACGUCGAUACCGCAGCCAGUGAUGCAUCCUGUGCAACAGACGAGUCCGCACAUGGCCCAUCCGUUCCACCCGCAUCAUCCGCUUAUGCCGCACUCCCUGUUCGCGGCGAUGCAUCCGUAUCAUCCUCACGCUUACCCCGGUUAUCCAACCGUGCACGGUUAUCCCGCGUUCCCCGCCUAUCCUUACGGGCCCGUGCCCCACGCCAUACCACCGCCGUCGCCCCAGCGCAGCGAGGCAACGACCAUGAUGACGGCCCACCACUCCAGCACCACCUCGUCGGUAUCGACGCGCGAGGAGUGCGAGAACCUGAUUGCCACCCACCACCAUCACUCGUCUUCGUCCAUGCAUCACCAGGCAACGACCCUCCAUCACGACAAGCUGCUCACGAUAUCGUCGUCGCACAGCUCGCACAGUUCACACAGUCACUCGCAGCACUCGCAUCAGAGCUCGAGGAGCGCGAACAAGCCAAGCCAGCUCGUGUCCUCGGCCCCGUGUCUGAGUUCCUCGGUGAGCGCGAUGCACCAGCAGCACCACCACAGGCCGGGAAUGGGAGUCCAUCAGCCGGUUCAGCUCGGACAACUGCCGGCCGAGCCCAAAAUCGAGCCCGAGUCCAUGGAAUCCGAGUCCGAGGACCCCUUGCCUAGCCCCCGCGGGCCCACACCCGAGCUCAAGCUCGAGGACACAGAGUGUCACCGUUCGCAGUCUGCGAUAUUCCUGCGCCACUGGAAUCGAGGAGACAACUCCUGCGCCCGUACCGACCUCCUAUUCAAGCCCGUGCCGGACUCGAAGCUGCAGCGCAAACGCGACGAGCGUUUGCGCAAGCAGGCCGAGCGCGAGCGUGAAGAGCGCGAGCAACAACAACAACAGCAGCAGCAGCAGCAGCAGCAGCAGCAGCAGCAGCAGCAGCAGCAGCAGCAACAGGCGAGAAAGAUGAGCACACCGGAUAAGCCUGCCUAUUCGGACACGCCUGCGCUGAGGCAACUCUCGGAGUACGCGAGGCCUCACGCGGCCUUCUCGCCCGCGAGGCAUCCCACGGGACCCGGCGAUCCGAUGCUGCACUACAUGUACGGCACGGCCAGAGAGAGGAUGGAACUCGAACACUUGGAGCGCGAGAAGAGAGAACGGGAGAUCCGGGAGCUUAGGGAACGCGAGCUCAACGAUCGGCUCAAGUUUCAAAAGUACACAAUCAAUAGCAUUUUCCAAAAUAAUACGUUCGAUCCGAUGAUUUUCCAGGAGGAGCUUCUCAAAGGUGCGCCUCGUCCCAUGGCUGGGCCGGUAGAUCCGCACUGGUUGGAAAUCCACAGGAGAUACGCGGCUUCAGGUGGCCUCGCGCCUCCAGGUCCGGGUGGUCCACCGCCUGCAGGCUUGCACCAGUUUGGCCUGUACGCGGUACCACCUGGGCCUAGUCAGUUGGACAGGGAACGGCUCGAGCGACUAGCGGCGAUGUCGGGUUUAGGCUUAGCCGCGGGAGCAGCAGCGGCGGCGGCGGCAGGCGCGGGCCCGGCCUCGGCCUCAGGAGCGGCGCACCCCGCAGCGGGUCAUCCCCACGCCAGCCAACUGGACGCAGAACGACUGGCCCUCACCACGGACCCGAUGGUGCGGCUCCAGAUGGCCGGUAUCUCGCCCGAGUACCACGCGCACACGCACGCCCACACUCACGCCCAUACGCACUUACAUCUGCACCCGGGCCAGCAGCAGGCGGCAGCCCAACAGCAGCAACAAGCGGCGGCGGCGGCGGCGCAACAGCAACAGGAGGCGGCCGCGGCAGCCGCGGGAUUCCCUCUGCCCGCAGCAGCAGCUGGGGGUAACUAUCCGAGGCCAGGCUUGAUGGGCCGCGAGCCAACGCUCGCCCUACACCCGGCCGAGCUGCUUGGCAGGCCCUACGACAUGGCCGCCCACCACGAGCAGCUACAGCGUCACCUGAUGCUCGAGCGCGACCGUUUCCCGCCCCACGCCUCGCUUGUCGCUCACCACGAGGAGUACAUAAGACAACAGCGCGAGCGCGAGCUCAAAGUUCGUGCGAUGGAAGAAGCCACACGUGGAUCACGUCCCUAAAGAAAAGAAAGCCGAUAAGCGCUAGAACACGAACAUCUAUUUCUCUCUGUCCCGGUACAUUGCUGCCGUGGCGAAGACUCAUAAAAUGAAGAUAGAAAACGAACAAGAGCGAAGAUUACAAAUGGGCCCAAGUUAUUGUCGCUUAGGGACACCAUAAUCUUUUUUUAUAAGUUUUCAAUCAGCGAGACAUGUUUUAGUGAUCUGUUUGCGUUUUAUACGUACACGUUUUUUCAUAAACAUUGUGUAGUGAAAUUUAGGAGUCACGGAAGGGAGAAGAAAAAAAAGAGUACGCGUGUGUAAGUAUGUGUUGGCGUGCGUGGAUGGGAGGGAGAGAGCGAAAAAGGGAAAAUAUGAAGUAAAGCGUAAGAGUAAAUCAAAAUAUUGAAAACGAUAAAUACAAUAGGAUCCCUUUCUCUCUCUUUCUCUCCCCCCCUUCUUUUUUCCUUAGUGAUUUGCAAUUUAUCUUUCGGUUGUAACGAUUAUCCAAUAUAAUUGACGAUUGAUUAUAAUUAAUUUACUAUUAAUACUUGCUACUUUACGUUCAUUCAGUGUUGCAUACGUAUGGUACAAGAGACGAUUAAAAUAAAAUUGUAGAAGUAAAGCAAAGGAAAUGACGAAGCGUCUGCCACUUUCGUUUAAUGUCAACUACUGUAAAUAUUGAAAAAGACAAAGUAAACAAAGUGGAAUAACACGCAGCAAUUGAUUAUUAUAUACAUACAUUUAUAUAAAUAUAUAUAUAUAUACAUAUGAUAUUUACAAAAUAAACUAGCGCAGCCUAGCCUUCUAGAGGAUAGUGUUCGAUUGAUUAUAGCAGCUUAACGCGACUGUGUAUAUUAAUUUUUGAGAUUCGUACGCGCGUGUAUUUAUCGCUCGUCAAACUGGUGGCAAUUCCUCCCAUGCUCAAUUGACUUAUUUUCAACUAUUUUUAUUACAAUUACUUUUAAAUGUAUUUUGUUCUUGUCUUUUAAUUUAAUAAGCGAAAAUAAGACCUGAAGUUUUUAACUUAAUGGAGAGCUCGAGUCACGAUUCAGGUAUUUAUAAAUAUAAAUANACAUA